CCCAGGCUGACGGCAGCCACCGUCCAUCGCAAAGUUUCAGUACGGAGAAAAAUAGGGAGAGAGAGAGAGACAGAGAUAGAACAAAAAAAAGGAGUCAAAAAGAAGAUUAUAAUUCUUGAGCUGCGAAUUAUUUCCUCCCUCUAUUUCGUUACCAAAUCAAAUUUUGUCCGUAAUCAGGUUCGGUUUCAAAAAAUUCGAUGCAUUUUUAGUUAGGUUCAGCUUCUUUUAGGAAUCAUCGAUGUCUCUCCCCAUGAAAGCUGACGUUCAAGGAAGCCUUGUUGGCUCGGAGAUUCAUGGCUUCCAUACAUUGCAAGAUUUGGAUGUUAAAAACAUCAGGGAGGAAGCAAGUGCAAGAUGGCUUCGCCCAAAUGAAAUACAUGCAAUACUGUGUAACUACAAGUAUUUCACCAUCCAUGUCAAGCCAGUGAACUUGCCCAAAAGUGGAACCAUUGUAUUAUUUGACCGCAAGAUGCUUAGAAAUUUUCGCAAAGAUGGACAUAAUUGGAAGAAAAAGAAGGAUGGAAAGACAGUAAAAGAAGCUCAUGAACACCUAAAAGUUGGUAAUGUAGAAAGGAUACAUGUAUACUACGCCCAUGGCCUAGAUAACCCAACCUUUGUUCGUCGAUGUUAUUGGCUCCUUGAUAAGACUCUCGAACACAUUGUCCUCGUUCAUUACCGUGAAACACAAGAGUUGCAGAGUUCUCCAUCCACAUCAAUGAAUUCAAAUUCUGGUUCUGUCUUUAACCCAGCAACUCCUUGGCUUUUACCGGAAGAACUUGACUCCAGGGCUACUCAUGUUUGUUCUGUUGGUGAAAAUGAAUUGUCAGAGCCUAGUGACACUACAACAGUCAUGACUCAUGAACAGCGGCUUCAUGAGAUCAACACACUUGAGUGGGAUGACCUUCUUGUGAGGGACGAGCCUUUCAAACCUGCCAUCCCUAAUGGAGACAAACUUUCAUGCUUUGACCAACAGUACCAAGUCCCAAUAAAUGUGACCAACAAUUUAUUGGGGGAGAUGUCUUCAUUUAGUAAUCCAGUUGUGUCAACUGGGAGGGCCAAUGGCAAUGUCAGUUUCACAGGAAGUGCCAAUCUGUUGUUAGGUGGUCAAUCAAAUUUGAAUGUAGAGAAGAGUGAAUCCGUUCCAGUUAAUUCUUUGGACAAUUUGUUAAAUGUGGGAUUGCAAAGUCAGGACAGCUUUGGACGAUGGAUAAAUGAAGUUAUCGGAGACUCUUCUGAUUCAAUCAUUGAUCCUGCUAUAGAGCCGUCCAUUUCAUCUGUUCAAAAUUCCUAUUGUGGCUCAACAUUAGAUCACCAUCAAACUUCGGCUAUGGAGCAAAUUUUCAACAUAACUGAUGUCUCACCUGCUUGGGCCUUUUCAACAGAAAAAACAAAGAUUCUAAUUAUUGGAUAUUUUCACAAUGACUACGUACAUCUAGCAAAGUCCAAUAUAUCGGUUGUAUGUGGUGAUACUAGUGUUAAUGUUGAUUUUGUUCAACCUGGAGUUUAUCGCUGUCUGGUACCACCACAUUCACCGGGACUAGUACAUUUAUAUGUGAGCUUAGAUGGCCAUAAACCUAUUAGUCAAGUUCUGAAUUUUGAGUAUCGUGCACCAAAUUUACAAGUACCUGUAGUUGCUUCAGAACAGAUCCAAAAGUGGGAGGAGUUUCAAAUUCAGAUGCGGCUUGCUCAUCUGUUGUUCAAUACAUCCAAGAUCCUGAGCAUCAUGUCAACUAGAUUGUCGCCUGCUGCCGUGCACGAGGCCAAGAAACUUGCUGUCAAAACUUCUGACAUUUCUGAUAGUUGGAUUUAUUUGUUAAAGUCAAUUACAGAAAAUAGAACUCCAUUUCAACAAGCAAGGGAAGGUGUUCUUGAGAUCAUAUUGAGAAGCAGGUUAAGGGAAUGGCUGAUAGAAAGAGUUGCUGAAGGCUCAAAGAAAAGCACUGAGUUUGAUAUAAAUGGUCAAGGAGUAAUCCAUUUGUGUGCCAUAUUGGGAUAUACCUGGGCUGUACAUCCAUUUGUCUGGUCUGGUUUAUCAAUAAACUUCCGAGAUAAAUUUGGAUGGACAGCUCUUCACUGGGCAGCUUAUUAUGGAAGGGAGAGGAUGGUUGCUGUUCUUUUAUCAGUGGGGGCGAAGCCAAACAUGGUUACCGAUCCCUCAUCAAAGAACCCUAGUGGAUGUACAGCUGCAGAUCUUGCAUCUAUGAACGGUUAUGAUGGAUUAGCUGCGUAUCUUUCUGAAAAGGCUUUGGUAUCACACUUUGAAGAUAUGAGCUUGGCUGGAAAUGUUAGUGGCUCGUUGGAUACUAGUAGUACUAUAACUGAUGCCUCUGAUUGCAUCAAUGAGGAGCAGAUGUAUAUGAAAGAAACAUUAGCAGCUUACCGAACAGCAGCUGAUGCAGCUGCACGCAUACAAGCUGCAUUUCGUGAGCAUUCUUUAAAGCAAAAAACUGAAGCGAUUGAAUUCUCCACUCCUGAAGAUGAAGCACGCGGUAUUAUUGCAGCCAUGAAAAUUCAACAUGCCUAUCGCAAUUUUGAGACACGAAAAAAAAUGGCAGCUGCUGCUCGUAUCCAAUACAGAUUCCGUACUUGGAAGAUCCGCAAAGACUUCCUUAAUAUGCGUCGUCAAACUAUUAGAAUUCAAGCUGCAUUUAGAGGCUUCCAAGUGCGGAAGCAGUAUCACAAGAUUGUUUGGUCGGUAGGAGUACUCGAGAAAGCUAUACUGCGCUGGCGUCUUAAGAGAAAAGGUUUUCGUGGGCUUCAAGUUGCACCUGCUGAAGAGGUAAAGCAGGAAACUGGCAUUGAAGAGGACUUCUACCGUGUAUCUCAAAAACAAGCAGAAGAGCGAGUUGAGAGAGCUGUUGUUCGGGUUCAGGCUAUGUUUCGAUCAAAAAAAGCACAAGAGGAGUAUCGUAGGAUGAGAUUAGCCUAUGAUGAAGCAGCGUUGGAAUAUGAAGAACUUUCACAUACUGAUAUGAAUUGCAUCUCUGAAAGCACCUGUCUGUCCAGAGAAACUGGUAGUGAUUAAUGGUCUACACUACACUAUGAAUGGUUAAAACACAAGUUCCCUUAGUUCGGGCUAACAUGACGAAUGACUGGUACCAAUACUUGGUAGUCAAAGCUGGGAGCUUUCGAGGUUGGCUCUUUAUCGUGGCAAUGAGUUUAGAGACCAAUGAACGUUUGAGGUAGGGGAAGAACUAUUGCCCUUUGUGUCAUAGAAAUUGUUUUUGGUAGGAGAUGCUUGUAGCCUGUACAUGUUGUAAUUAUAUAUGAUGAAUAGUUCAGUCUGAUUUGUACUUUUUAGUUUUUACUACCCUAGAACUGUUUCAUGGAAUUUGGUAAACAUUCUAUUGUCCACAGAAUUAGUAGAAUAUGUAAUUUUUAUGAUUUUGUUUUACUACAAACUUGAUUUGGAGGAA